CGGACCGGAAGAAGCCGCGGCACCCGGAGCUUAUAGGGCCGGGAAUGGGGGUGUCGCCGCCGCCUAGUCAGUUCUGUGUCCGCCGAGGCUCCUCCGGUGCCGCGCUGUCGUCGCGGCGCCACCGCCCAGCCCUCCGUCCGCGCCGCCCCCGGAACCGGCCGGCGGGGCCGGGAGUCAGGGCCGCGUCCCCACCAUGCCGGCCUGGCGACUGCCGCUCCUGCUGGCGCUGCUGCUGCUGCUGUCCGGCCCUGGGAUUUUUGGAAGUACCAGCACAAUAACACUGCCUGAAACCUUGUUGUUUGUUUCAACCCUGGAUGGAAGUUUGCACGCUGUCAGCAAGAGGACAGGCUCAAUCAAGUGGACUUUAAAAGAAGAUCCAGUCCUGCAGGUUCCGACACACGUGGAAGAGCCUGCCUUCCUCCCAGAUCCCAAUGAUGGUAGUCUGUACACACUUGGGGGCAAGAACAACGAAGGUCUGACGAAACUUCCCUUUACCAUCCCAGAAUUGGUCCAGGCAUCCCCAUGCCGAAGUUCAGAUGGAAUCCUCUACAUGGGUAAAAAGCAGGACAUUUGGUAUGUCAUUGACCUCCUGACUGGCGAGAAGCAGCAGACUUUGUCAUCAGCCUUUGCAGAUAGUCUCUGCCCCUCUACCUCCCUGCUGUAUCUUGGCCGGACAGAGUACACUAUCACCAUGUAUGACACAAAGACCCGUGAACUCCGCUGGAAUGCCACCUAUUUUGACUACGCAGCCUCACUGCCCGAGGACGACGUGGACUACAAAAUGUCCCACUUUGUGUCCAAUGGCGACGGACUGGUGGUAACUGUGGAUAGUGAAUCUGGGGACGUCCUAUGGAUCCAAAACUAUGCCUCUCCUGUGGUAGCCUUCUACGUCUGGCAGCGGGAGGGACUGAGGAAGGUGAUACAUAUCAAUGUUGCCGUGGAGACUCUGCGCUACUUGACCUUCAUGUCUGGGGAAGUAGGGCGCAUCACCAAGUGGAAGUAUCCAUUCCCCAAAGAGACGGAGGCCAAGAGCAAGCUGACGCCUACCCUAUAUGUUGGGAAGUACUCCACCAGCCUGUAUGCCUCUCCCUCAAUGGUGCACGAGGGGGUCGCCGUUGUGCCCCGAGGCAGCACUCUUCCUUUGCUGGAAGGCCCCCAGACCGAUGGCGUCACCAUUGGGGACAAAGGGGAAUGUGUGAUCACGCCCAGCACAGACCUCAAGUUUAACCCUGGACUGAAAGGGAAGAGCAAGCUGAACUACUUGAGAAAUUACUGGCUUCUCAUAGGACACCAUGAAACCCCACUGUCUGCAUCUACCAAGAUGCUUGAGAGAUUUCCCAACAAUCUGCCCAAACAUCGGGAAAAUGUGAUUCCUGCUGAUUCAGAAAAAAAGAGCUUUGAGGAAGUUAUCAACCUGGUUGACCAGACUUCAGAAAACACACCAACCACUGUGUCUCAGGAUGUAGAGGAGAAACUGACUCGUGCCCCUGCCAAGCCUGAGGCCCCUGUGGACUCCAUGCUCAAGGAUGUGGCCACCAUCAUCCUAAGCACGUUUCUGCUGGUUGGAUGGGUAGCCUUCAUCAUCACCUACCCCUUGAGCGUGCAUCAGCAGCGCCAGCUCCAGCACCAGCAGUUCCAGAAGGAACUGGAGAAAAUCCAGCUCCUGCAGCAGCAGCAGCUGCCCUUCCACCCACAUGGAGACCUGACCCAAGACCCUGAGUUCCUGGAUACGUCUGGCCUCUUCUCAGAAAGCUCAGGCACCAGCAGCCCCAGCCCAUCCCCCAGAGCUUCUAACCACUCACUUCACUCCAGCAGCUCUGCUUCCAGGGCUGGCCCAAGCCCUUUCCUGGAGCAGGAUGACGAGGAUGAGGAAACCAGAAUGGUGAUUGUUGGGAAAAUUUCAUUCUGUCCCAAGGAUGUCCUGGGCCAUGGAGCUGAGGGUACAAUUGUAUACAAGGGCAUGUUUGACAACCGUGACGUGGCUGUGAAGAGGAUCCUCCCCGAGUGCUUUAGCUUUGCAGACCGUGAGGUCCAGCUGCUUCGAGAAUCCGACGAGCACCCGAACGUGAUCCGCUACUUCUGCACAGAGAAGGACCGGCAGUUCCAGUACAUUGCCAUUGAGCUAUGUGCAGCUACCCUGCAGGAGUAUGUAGAGCAGAAGGACUUUGCCCACCUUGGCCUGGAGCCCAUCACCUUGCUGCAGCAGACCACCUCCGGCCUGGCACACCUGCACUCCCUCAACAUUGUUCACAGAGACCUGAAGCCCCACAACAUCCUCCUCUCCAUGCCUAAUGCACAUGGCAAGAUCAAGGCUAUGAUCUCUGACUUUGGCCUCUGCAAGAAGCUGGCAGUGGGCAGGCACAGUUUCAGCCGCCGCUCUGGGGUGCCUGGCACUGAAGGCUGGAUAGCCCCAGAGAUGCUGAGUGAAGACUGCAAGGAGAACCCUACCUACACAGUGGACAUCUUCUCUGCAGGCUGUGUCUUCUACUAUGUCAUCUCUGAGGGUAGCCACCCUUUCGGCAAGUCCCUGCAGCGUCAGGCCAACAUCCUCCUGGGCGCCUGCAGCCUUGACUGCUUCUGCUCUGACAAACACGAAGAUGUCAUUGCUCGUGAGUUGAUAGAGAAAAUGAUUUCGAUGGACCCCCAACAGCGACCAUCUGCAAAGCGUGUGCUAAGACACCCAUUCUUCUGGAGCCUGGAAAAGCAGCUGCAGUUUUUUCAGGACGUGAGUGACCGGAUAGAAAAGGAGUCCUUGGAUGGCCCAAUAGUGAAGCAGUUAGAGAGAGGUGGGAGAGCUGUGGUGAAGAUGGACUGGCGGGAGAACAUCACUGUCCCCCUGCAGACAGAUCUGCGUAAAUUCAGAACCUACAAAGGUGGCUCCGUCAGAGAUCUCCUCCGAGCCAUGAGAAAUAAGAAGCACCACUACCGAGAGCUCCCUGUGGAGGUUCAGGAGACACUGGGUUCCCUCCCUGAUGACUUUGUGCGCUACUUCACUUCGCGCUUCCCCCACCUCCUCUCUCACACCUACCGGGCCAUGGAGCUCUGCAGCCAGGAGAGACUCUUCCAGCCCUACUACUUGCAUGAGCCCACGGAGCCCCAGCCCCCAGUGACUCCAGAUGCCCUCUGAGCCGGGGCAGCCCCUCUGUCUGAUGGCCCCAACUGUGACCAUGGGCCUGAUCUCCACAAUCCAUACCUUGCUGCUUCCCGGCUCAGCAAGAAGACCAGGCUUUUCAAACCAAGUGCCUUGAGCUGCCGCUCUGCAGCCAGCCAAGGAUAAUGCUGAUUGCAGGAAGCAGGAGAGGUGGCCCCUCAUGACUGUGGGGAGCUGAGACAUGUGGCCCUGAAGCUUUAUAGUCAGGGAUGUCUACAAAAGAGGGCCCAUCCCAGAAGCUGGAAAGGAACACCACCAGCCUUUGGCUGGAUGAACUCACUUCUAUUUGUAUUCCUAUCUAAAACUCCUGGGAUAGAAGUUCAGUGAGGGAGUGGAGGAAUCCUGUUUUGCCUGCAUGCUGGGAGCAGCCUGACUGAUGCAGCAAGUGCAGCCUCUGCUAGAGGUAGUUCGAGAGAUGUGGGGUCCUGAAGAAGAGGGCAGAAAGAGGCGUUGUCCUGGGGACAGGAAGCAGGCAUCUUCAGGUUAUUGGUAGCCUGUAUUGCCACAGGCAGCAAAGCUGUGAGCAUGGGGCAUGAAGUUAGAGACUGGUUAGCAACACAUAUGGAAAACUGAGGUGUGUCUGUGGGUCCGGAAGAUGGAGAAGACACUCAGUUCUGGAUGCAGUACUGGCCCAGCAUACAAGUGUCCUGAACAGUGACCCAAACAGUAGUAGCCACUGAUAGAUUAUAUCCUUGGCCAUGUGGGCUAGGGAUGAAGAGUUCCUGACAACCAUGAAGGGCAGCUAAGACUGAGAGGGACAGGGACAGUCCUUCAGGACCAGAGGAGAACAGCUAGAGAGAGCUUCCCAGUCACCCAGAAAAGGCUCUGAACCAGAGGGUAGGCGAAUUAAGGCCUGUCUGUCCCAGAGGCCAGCACAUCAGCACAAAACUUUGAGUCAAAGCCCUGGGAGUAGAGAGCUAGGACCAGGGUCACCACAGGCUUUAUAGGCCAGCUUUUAUGUUUCCCCUGGCAAAUUUUAAAGAGUAUAUUUUGAUCAUACUAUAGAAAGCUACGUUUGCAUGAGUAAGCUAAAUGUAACUUUAAGCUUACUUGUGAAAAAGAAAUGCAAGAUAUAGUAUCUUUUAUUGUGUGUGGUACCAAAAAUCACCCUCCCCUCAAGAACAUUCUCUAAUGCUGGAGUAAGACAUCCUGGCAGCACUGUAAAUGUCUUCAUGUCAAAGUAAAUUAUAUAAUACCUUUUUCCUUAAUAUAAGUUUUUAACUUUAGUUUUAGUCAGAAUUUGCUGUCUUCUCUCUCCCAAGAGCCUUAGAGGUUAGAAUACAGUCAGGGUACAUGGCAGGGGCAGGGGGGAUAGUCUGUGUAUACAUCCUCCAGCCAGUGAGGGGUCACUACCUGGUGGUCCUGGAGCACCGAGGCCCCAUUCCUUUCUGUGGUAAGGGUGGUAUAGGCAGCUUUCCGCGGCACACUUGCAGGAGGCACUGCUGCUUCCUGUGGGUGUCCCCUGGUGUCAAGGCCACUGGCCCAAAGCUUCCUCUGCCUCUGUAGAAUUCGAUUUCCUUUCACAAUAGCCAAAGUGGGCUUUUUCUUAAUGAUUCUACAUCUUUGAACCUCGUGGGUUCAAAGACCUUGGACCCUCAGCCCCAUAGUUGACUUCCUGCACAUCUCCUACCAUAGCACUUUGCCAGUGAGCCCAAGAGGUAUAGCCCAAGACCAGUGUCAGGAGGCAGAGCGGGUGCCAAGUGUGGUCUGACAAGAUUGCUCUGGGCUGCUGCUUUCCUUCCUUGGUCCUGGUGGCUAAGUUUUCCCUUUGGGGACUGUUGAAGUCUUUUCUAAGACCCAUCUUGGUGUUACCUCCCUAUUUGAACCCGAUUUUCUGAAGUCAGCUUCCCAAAUGCCUUUUCCACUUAGCAGAUUAGUUUCUAACCAAUCAAGUUUCUCUAAGUCUUCUUCUAGUCAGCAUAUUUUAUUUGAAUACUUUGUAGAUCUAGGCAGGACAUGAAAUGCUUGGGAAACAGAUGAAGAGUAUGGGAAAGACUGUUGGCUCUUCAGAGCUUCUCAUUAAAGUCUGCAGCACGUGUCAGGGCAGAAACCAAGCCCAUGUUGGUAAGAAGGGUCUAUAUUUAGGGUUUGCCCCUCUUGUGCCUUAAAACUGCCCUGUCUGAGAAUCAGUCAGCUCUGGUCAGGUCACCUUGUGGCCUCUUCCCCUCAUCUUUAGGGGCCUAGGCAGCUGUCAGUCCUCUAGAUGUGACUGAAGGUUGUCAUGAACGUGCCUUGGGCAUCAUCAGAGGUGCUCAGGGAAGCUGUCUCUCCAGUUCCUAGAAGGCCACUUAACCUUUUAGAAGUACUGCGUCUUCAUCUUUAGGACGGAAUUGAGUCCAGUCUGGGACAUUAUUAUUUGUUUAAACCUUGUCUUAUGUUGAACUAGACUUUCUCUUGUUGCUUCGUGAGUCUUUCAGUUUUUGGAGUGUGCCAUGUAUCAUUAGGCACUUGCACUUUUGAGAAUAUAGGUGUCAAUUGAUAAAUCACUAGAUCAUCUAGUGACGGAAGGUGGCUCCUUGGGUGCAGAGCUGUCCCCUGCUGUGUAGCAGUAGUUGUAGGCUCUUCUCCAUGAUCAGUUACAGUUGGAGCAGUUGGAGGUCACUGUAGCUGAGUAUAGCUGGGUAUAGCCCAGUGCUUUUCACCUACUCUUAAGAUGGGCUAGGUUAGGCCUUUGGGAUUGACUUGACUUUGUAGAGGUUUUAUGUGUGGUGAUUCCAUUAUCAGCAGCAGUUCUUUCUCCUGCUGUAAAAGACUAAUUAGCUGCGGAUGUGACCUGGACUGCUGGAUUGCUGGGCUCGCUCCUCCUGACCGCUUUCUGUUCAGUUGUUGGUCUUUGGCCCUGUGUGGUUUCCUGCAGAUCCUCUGUGCUUGUUGUCAUCAUUCAUGGCCCUGAGGUACCAGCACAGCUGCCCAGGAAAGGGGUCUUCAAACUCCCUGAAAGCCCUUCUCUGUGAUUUGGUUUUCUAACAGUUCUGUACCUUGCCCAUCCCUCCACACCUGGAAGCAGUGGUGUUGACUGGCUGGUGGCCUGGCACCGGUGGCCUGGCACUGGCCUCUCCUGAAGGUCAUCAGACCUCCUCCUGAGGUCUGAAUUCUUCUAAGCCAAAGUGCCUACUCUCUUCCCGUUCUUGUUUUCUUUAUGAAAUAAUGAUUUCCUUCAUGUAACUUUGGUUGGUUUAGGCACUUAGUCUCUUCUUAUUAGAAAGCCACAAAGGGCACAUCUGCCCCAACCUCCCUCUGGAGCAGCCCUAAUGCUGCUUGCCAGAGGCCUUGUGGCCUCGUCUCCUGCACUCUGUGUUUGGUGGGUACAGUGUUCCUUCCCAGUGUUCCUAAAGCUGUGACGUGGGGAGGGGUCCCCACUCACCUAAGGAUUACCUGUCGGCUACACGGCCUUCUCACGCAAACCUUGUGUAAUGUUCUUUUUGCAAUGACCUAUUUAUUGAAUCUAUUUAUAUUUAUUUAAUUUUUAUUCUGAAGUAUAUCUGGUUACAAUUGCACUUGCUUAAAGCACAUCAGAUCCGUUUUGGACAAUAAUCCCUGACCAUUUUAAAACUGGAAAAGGAAAAGUUACACUGUAUCCUGCCACCUUAUGGUAGCCUUGUCUUUAAAGGGUGAAUAAUUUGGUCGGGGUAAAAUGUUUCUUUUUAGAUGAUUUUUUUAAAAUCCUGUGCCAUGUGUCUUCUCUGUAGACAGUUAAUGUUUAAUGAUGUGUGUUGAUUGUGUGAUUCAAGCCUCUUUGUGGAAACUAAAAUCCUCUUUUUAGCUUUAUAUUUUAUAAACUGCCAGAUUGUACAACUUUUAAGUGUGUUUUUAAAGCUUGAUGAUAUGAGGCUCAGUAUCUAAGUUAAAUGGCCUAUUUUUGUACCUCCUGUACAGUUUUAUAAUUCUGCUCAUUACUGAAGGCAAUUUAUGUUGAGCCAACCACAAAUAAAGGUAGUUUUAGA